AUGUCCACGCUGGAAGACGAGGUAACAUUUCGCAAACGCAACGAGCAUAGCCAAAGCCUGGAGGCGCAAUUCAGCAGCGGCUCCAUUUUAAUCACCGAUCAUCGCACCUCCAAGUCCAAGAGCCUCGAGCUGCUGGCAGCUGCCAAGGCAGAGCAGCAAAUCUGCUCCAAUCCCUGCAGCGUUAAAACUCUAAAGCGACGUCUGCCCAUACUCAGCUGGCUGCCCAAAUAUAAUGCGAGUGAUGCGCUGGGUGAUCUCAUUGCUGGACUCACAGUGGGUCUCACAGUCAUACCACAAGGUCUUGCCUACUCCGGCGUCGUCGGACUGCCCGCUCAGUACGGCUUAUAUGGCUCAUUUAUGGGCUGCUUUGUGUAUGUGCUGCUGGGCACCUGCAAGGAUUGCACCAUUGGCAGCACUGCGGUUGCCUCGCUGAUGACCUAUCAGUUUGCCAAAGGUUCGUGGCAGCAUUCAGUGCUGCUGACCUUCGUCACAGGCAUAAUAGAGCUCAUCAUGGCGGUGUUCAAGUUGGGCUGCCUGGUGGAGUUUGUGUCGGGACCAGUGAGCGCAGGAUUUACCAGCGCUGUGGCUUUGAUUGUGUGCACUUCCCAAAUGAAAUAUAUACUGGGUGUGAAUAGUGAUGGAGCGAGCUUUCUGCAGCGCUGGAUAAGCAUGUUUAAGGAUAUAGGCAACAUAAAGCCGGCGGACAGUUAUUUGGGCUUUGGAUGCGUAGCUUUGUUAAUAGCAAUGCGUAGCUUGGGGCGACUAACUAUUGGACCCAAGGAACCAAAGCAGCGUACUAGAUAUCAACGCAUUGUAAAUCAUUUGAUAAGAUUUAUGGGCAUAUCACGCAAUGCAACUGUUGUGGUUGCCACCACUGUGAUGGCCAUGAAACUGCAGGCAGCUGGACGCAAUCCUUUCAAGCUAACAGGUUAUAUACCGCCUGGUUUGCCUUCAGUCGCUUGGCCACCAUUUUCUAUUGAGCCACAGCCUGGUAAUGCUACUGCGGGCAUUGCGCCUGUGCCUGGCGAGAAUUUGCUUGAAAUGCUGCAAAGUCUGGGCUCGGGUUUGAUUAUAGUGCCGCUUAUAGCGCUGCUGGAAAACGUUUCGGUUUGCAAAGCUUUUGCCAAGGGCAAGCAAAUUGAUGUUACACAGGAAAUGAUUGCCACGGGUGUUGCCAACAUUGCCAACUCGCUAUUCUGUGGCUAUCGCAGCAACAGCGGCUUGGCUCGCUCUGCUAUUAACAACGCCAGUGGCUGUCGCACCAGCAUGUCCAACUUAUAUAUUGGUUUGGUUGUUGUCCUUGCUUUGAGUUUGCUCACCGAAUACUUUUGCUUUAUACCCAAAGCUGUGCUAGCCGCCAUACUAAUCUCAGCUGUCAUCUUUCAGCUGCAAUAUCAGAUUAUUAUGCCCAUGUGGCGUGCCAAGCGCUCGGAUCUUGUGCCUGGCGUGCUCGCAUUUAUCACCUGCCUGGUGCUGCCCCUGGAAAUUGGCAUCAUGGUAGCCAUUGCAGCCAAUCAGCUCUAUAUUCUCUAUCAUUCAGCGCGUCCCAAGAUUACGCUGGAGCAGCUUGAAACGGAACAUGGCUUGAAAUUCUUGAAAAUUACACCCGAUCGCUGUCUAAUCUUUCCAUCUGUGGAGUUUGUGCGCAACAUGAUCAUCAAAUCCGGCAGCAAAUCCUCACUGCCCGUUGUUAUUGACUGCACUUAUAUAUACGCUGCUGACUUUACCGCCGCCAAGGUCAUUUCAUCCAUUGUCCAAGAUUUUCAACAGCGUGGCCAAAAGAUUAUUUUCUUUAAUCUCAAACCGAGUGUGGUGAGCAUCUUUGAAGGAUUGCAAACGCGUCUGGUGCUUUGCUAUAAUAUGUAUGCGCUCAAUCAGGAACUCAGUGCUGCUGAUGGCGACUCUGUCGACUCCUUGGAGCAAAUACAAGUUUGUCCUGAUGCCACAAGCAUUGGCACUUCCAGCACGCUUUCGUUAGCAAAGCACUAAACUGCAUUUUAUUUAGCAUAUUUAUAAUUAAUAAAGAUUUA